AUGGCUGUUGAGCGGCGUUCGAGGAGGGAACAGGACGAGAGUACAGAAGCUGACAUUAUCGGCACUUUCUACAGGACAAGCUCGCAGAAGCCGGGCGACGACCUGGUCGCCAACUUCAGACAACAGUUCCCAGAAAUUGCAUCAGGUUCUACGGCCGCCGCCUCUGCUUCACAGACAGCUACGGCUGGAAACCCGGGCGGUGCCUCUGGUACACAGGACAGUUGUUUCUGCAGAAACCCGGCUCUGGGCCAUGAAGCGUUCCAUGACCAAGACCCUACCCCCAGGGCCAGCAACGAGCCCUGGAGGUUCACGCCCUCCCUGAUGGACCCGAAUUCUUUCUCCUUCUCUAAUUUCGCCAACGCGCCUCCUGGCUACUACACACCGACUCCAGGAGGGACCAACACCAUUUACCACCCUCAGGCUGGCGACCUGCACACCCCGACGCUAAGUUUCGGUAUGGGUCUGAGUACCCCCCUCUCGAUGCCUACCACCGAUGCAGCCCUGCAGUCUGGUCCCUCCAUGGUGGACAUGUCUGGCUUUCACCACGGGGCUACCGGCAUGCAUCCCAGCCAGUUUCACAACCAGUCGCCUUUCAAUCCUUUCGUCCAGCCUCACCCACAGCAGCAGGCCUUCGCGCCGUCAACAUUUGUCCACCAGGAUACAGGCUACGAGACGAUGGACCAGGAUGGCUCCCCGAUGGAUUCUGACCCCUCAGACGAUGCUCGCAUGGGAUCGAUCGCCGGCGCUUUCCAAAGCCAGUCUCCUCUUACCAGUUUCCAGCAGAGGCAGUACGGCGUGCCAAUGCACAUGCCCAUGCCCUCCUCUGCAGAAAAGUUCCGGUUCCACGUCACCUUGAACGCCCCGACGGCCAUGAUCAAACACGCCGACGAAAUACCUGUUACGUACCUCAACAAGGGCCAGGCGUACUCGCUGUCCAUUGUGGACACCACACCCACCAUCCCUAUCGCACCAGGAACGCGCCUCAGGACCUUUGUUCGUGUCUCCUUCGAGGAUGACCAACAGCGGCAAAAGCCCGGCGUCUGCUGGAGCCUGUGGAAGGAAGGCCGAGGCACGAACGAGGCGCACCAGAGGGGUGGCAAGCUUCAGGCAGUGGAAUACGUCGAGGCAGGCCAGCCGGCAGAAGGCGACGACAAGAGAACAAGAGUCGAGUUGGAGAGCGCGUCCUUUGAUGGGUUCUCGGUAAUCUGGACGCCUGGUGUCAAUGGUGCUGUCGAAUGCAAUGUGGCUGUGCGCUUCAACUUCCUCUCGACCGAUUUCAGUCAUUCCAAGGGCGUCAAAGGUAUCCCAGUCCGACUCUGUGCCAAGACGACCCUCCUGCCGUCCGAUGGGGCUUCGCCACCAGGGGAUGAGACGCCUGAGAUAUGCUACUGCAAGGUCAAGCUCUUCCGCGAUCACGGCGCAGAACGCAAGCUGUCCAAUGAUGUGGCCCAUGUCAAGAAGACGAUCGACAAGCUCAAGCAGCAGAUCACGCAAGCCGAGAGCGGGAUGAAGGAUUUUGGCAAGCGCAAGCGGGCUGGGGGAUCGCAGUCAAAAGCAGCUGUCGACAGCCAGCGGCCCGGAAAGGCUCCUAAGCACAAGCGCACGUGGUCCAUGUCGUCGGCGAGCUCUGCAGACGGCGGCAGCGGGGCUCGCAACGCGCUGGAGGAGGACCUGCACUUCAAGCUCCAGACGCUGCAGGACAUGUUCACAAGCACGCGUCCAGUCAGCGUGCUGUACCUCCGAGGCGAGGACAUGGACGAUAUGGACGCACACCCAGUCUCCUUGCCAGGAGAAGUCCUCGAUCUGAGCAAGAUCGAGUCCAGAGAGAGCACGGCCUGGAGGGGCCGCAGCACACACAGCUCGGUUACCGGGUCGCUGGUCUCACCAUCCCCAAGCUCGCUGUCCCUUCACUCGGCAGCAUCCAUCACAGCUCCCAACGCGCCGUGGCAGGAUCGCCCAGCCAUCGGGUCCGACCCAUCGUCUCGACAGGGCUCUGAUCAGCCAACCCGUGUUGCCAAGCCGGACGUUGCCGGGAAUCUCAGCGGCUGGAUCGAGGCCCUCGGCGUGGACUCAUCCUACCGGCCACCUCUCGAGCGGGCACCGCGCCCGGUGGCUUGCUUUUAUCUCAAGCGGAGACAGACAAGCACAGAGACGCGCGAGUACCACAAGGCCGUCUAUGUCAUGCAGCGGACGCUUAGUGAAUUCGUCACCCGCGUAGCAUCCAAAUGGAAUAUCGACGUCAACCGUGUCUCGCGGGUUAUACGCACGCUACCAAACAGCCUUGAGAUCGAGAUGGAUGACGACGUCAUACGAGAGCUCCCCGAGGGGCAGGACAUGAUGCUCGACAUUGUUGAGAUAAGCCCACCCAAAGCACCAGUCAAGCGGGAGUGGGAAAUGUCCCUGGACGAUGCACCAGGCGACGAGGACGAUGAAGUCCCUGGUCAAACACUGCAGCAGAACAGUUACGAACUUCGCCUUACCUUUUAA